UAGUGCAGUGCAGGAAGUAGCCUACUCUCGUCAGAGGAAGAAAUUGUUCCGAGAACGGGGUGCAACUGGAGAAACUGUUUUUACGUUACGCACUUUAUUGAACUUGGACAGUUGGAGCAAAUUGAAGAAAUUGAUGGAAUACUUGCGACAUAUUGGAGUAUAUAAUAAGAUAUAGCUAAUUACUUCUAAGUUGUGAAUAGCGAGUAGAGACUAGUGGAGGGCAGCAAUACGCCAUAGAUGCGUCUAGCCUGCCGGAAACAUGAAGCAGAAGAAGAAGAAUAAGGAGAAGAAGAAGAAGAAAGGAAGAAGAAAGGAAGAAGUUGGCCACGGCUUCGGGCCACGGCAGGUUUAAUGGAGAAGGGGAGGAGAUGCUUAGAACGCACUUUUAUCUACAUCCUGGUAGCAGUGAUAAUCUUCUUCAUCUUUCUCAACUGUAACCGGGAGUUGAACUUGAACAGGGCUAAUCCAAGACCCCCAUCAGCACCAGAGCCACAAUGGGAGGAUCCUGGGCCGUAUCAUGUGGCCUAUCCACGAGACUACAAGUUUAUCAUGGAUGACACGCGGACGUGCAAGAACACCACUCCUUUCCUGGUCCUGAUGGUUCCGGUUGCACCCGGUGACGUGGCAGCACGGGACACCAUCCGGAAGACGUGGGGAAAUGAGAAACUGGUUCUGAGUCAGCUGAUCGAGACUCUCUUCAUACUGGGCCGACCGGGGGGAGCUGAUGCUGAGCAGCAGCAGGAGAAGCUCAAACAGGAGAACCUGCAGCACCAUGAUCUGAUCCAGAGUAACUUCCGGGACAGCUACCGCAAUCUGACCAUCAAGACAAUGGUGAUGCUGGAGUGGCUGGCUGUGCACUGUGCCGAGGCUUCCUACGUCAUAAAGAUUGACUCCGAUAUGUUACUGCAUGUCCCAAAUUUGGUUAAGCUGUUGCUGGAUCACAGAACGGCCAAACAAAACUACAUGACAGGUUUGGUGUGGUGGAACAGCCCGGUUUUGAGAAACCCCUUCAACAAGUUCUACAUGCCAACAAAAGUGAUUGCUGAGCCACAGUACCCUCCAUAUCCUCUGGGCAUGGCCUACGUCAUGUCCCUGGACCUGCCUGCCAAGAUCCUGGUAGCCGCUCCUCAUAUUAAACCGAUCUUCAUAGAAGAUGCCUACCUGGGUAUGUGCCUAAAAUACUUGGGCCUCUCCCCCACCGACCCUCCUGAAAAUAAUAUGUUUAUUGUGAAACCUGCACAUCCUCUGAGCAGCUGCAGCCUUUCAAAAGUGAUCGCCAUGACAACGACAAGCAUCUCACAGAUGACGUGUUACUGGGAGAGGAGCAGACUGCCAGAAGCUAAAUGUUAAACUUUUGUCUUGUUUACCAACACUGAAUCGGACAAAUAUUGUACAGAAAUUAAAAUUGUGCAUAUUUAUUUUGUUUGCAGACAUGGAAGCUCCUUGGUUGGACAGAAAUUGUUUGUUUUUUGUUCAACAGACAAAACCGAUUUUGACCAAAUGCCUUCUUGUUAUCAAAUGUGCUUCUCAGCCAGCCGGGCUUUCAGAAUUUUCUGAGCUGUAUCAGCUCUCACACAGUGAAGAACAUCUGCUGUAUUCUAAACUUAAAAUAAACCGUGUUUGGUGGGUUAUCUCCUGAAAAACUCCUAACCCUGGGGCUAAAAGUUGCCAGUGUGAAAACCGGGUUAAGGGAAUGUAAAUAUAAAUGAUAUGCUAUAGGACUGUUACAUUAACUGGUAGAGACCCAAGUUUCUAAGUUAUCAUUGAGGAUAUAGUUCAAAGAAAAAAAUGUAAAUAAGAAGGCAGACUGGAUGGAAAACUCUCCGCCCACUUUGCAACUCUAUCCAACAUACUGGGGUGGGGUUAAGUAAACCGGUUAGGUGGGCUAAAUGGGGCAAACGUGAGGAAGGAAGUGUAAGCUGGCUUAGCCAGAUACCCCUUUCAGUCUUUUGUGUUUAAGGAGGGAGACCUGCAGCUAUCAGAACAGAAUGUGUGGUCAGUCAUACAGUUGGUUUGCCAUGAUUGGCCUUAAACCCAGUACAUUCAGGUAUAUCUCUACAGUAUAUAAUAUUAUCCAUAUAGUGAUGGGGAGAUAAAGCAUUAUGAAGCUUUGGUACUAUCUUUAAAUUUGUGUUGGAAAAAAAAGAUUAAACCAAUCUUCCUCGUC